UUUUACACUGUAAUUUCCUAUUUGAUUAAUGUGUGUCAAUGUCAAGGUGAAAAACGGGUGCAGGUAGGAGCUAUCUUUCUUUAUCAGUGAAAAAAACAUUAUUUUAUUAUUAUUAUUAUUUUAGAGUUAGAGUAUGUGCUAACUUGUAUCUAUAGGUACAGUGCAGUCAUAUUUGAAUGACUCUAAAUACAAAAUCUGGAGUGACUCUGACAUACAGUGGGAAGAAAAAGUAUGUGAACCCUUUAGAAUUACCUGGAUUUUUGCAUAAAUUGGUCUUCUAGCCAUCGCCGCUCCACCUUUCAUUUUCCAUUUGUUUUGUCUGUGUAAUAACACAUAAACAAUUAUAAUUGUUCAUGUCUUUAUUGAACACACCCUGUAAACAUUCACAUUCACAUUCACCCUUGAAUUUAAUAACAUUUUUUGUUGUUGAAUUUUACCCCUUUUUCUCCCCCAUUGUUAGUAGUAUCUUGUUUCAUUGCUACAACUCCCGUACGGGCUUGGAAGAGACAAAGGUUGAAAGUCAUGCGUCCUCCGAUACACAACCCAACCAAGCCGCACUGCUUCUUAACACAGCGCGCAUCCAACCCGGAAGCCAGCCGUACCAAUGUGUUGGAGGAAACAUUGUGCACCUGGCAACCUUGGUUAGUGCACACUGCACCCGGCCCGCCACAGGAGUCACGCGAUGAGACAAGGACAUACCGGCCAAGCCCUCCCUCAGACGACGCUAGGCCAAUUGUGCGUCACCCCACUGACCUCCCGGUCGCGGCUGGUUACGACAGAGCCUGGGCACGAACCCAGAGUCUCUGGUGGCACAGCUGGUGCUGCAGUAAGCGCCCUUAACCCGGGAGGCCCUGAACCUCAACCAAAUGUUUUCUGUUGUUGCGAAUCAGACCUGCACAAUGGUCAGGCUAAAUUUUGGACCAUUCCACUUUACAAAACAGUUUCAGAUCCACAAUAUUCUUGGGAUGUCUGGUGUGAACCGCUCUCUUGAGGUCAUGCCACAGCAUCUCAAUCGGGUUGAGGUCAGGACUGACUGGGCCACUCCAGAAGGCACAUUUUUUUCUGUUCAAGCCAUUCUGUUGUUGAUUUACUUCUGUCGUUUGUGUUGUUGUCCUGUUGCAUCACCUAACUUCUUUUGCACUUCAAUUGGCAGACAGAUAGCCUUACAUUCUCCUGCAAAAUGUCUUGAUAAAGUUGGGAAUUCGUUUUUCCAUCGAUGAUAGCAAGCUGUCCAGGCCCUGAGGCAGUAAAGCAGCCCCAAACCAUGAUGCUCCCUCAUAACACACUGUGUGCCCUCAAGUCCCUACUCCACCACUAUCACCUAUCUACAGUACUAAAUCCAUGUGUAUGUAUAGUGUGUGCGCGUGUGUCUGUGCCAGUGUGUGUGUGUUUUGCUUCACAGUCCCCGCUGUUCCAUAAGGUCUGCUUUAUAAAUCUAAUUUUACUGUUUGCGUCAGCUUCUUGAUGUGGAAUAGAGUUCCAUGUAGUCAUGGCUCUAUGUAGUUGUCACGACUCCCACCGAAGUCGGUCCCUCUCCUUGUUCGGGUGGCGUUCGGCGGUCGACGUCCCCGGUCUUCUAGCCAUCGCCGCUCCACCUUUCAUUUUCCAUUUGUUUUGUCUUGUUUUUCCGCACACCUGGUUUAUAUCCCCUCAUUACUCUACGUGUAUAUUAUCCUCUGUUCCCCCCAUGUCUGUGUGUGUUAUUGUUCGUUUCAUUAUGUGUGUGACUCUUCACGCUGGUUUUGCCCUAGGGUAUGGGUGUACCCGUGGUUUUUGUAUUUUGUGCCAUUUUGUGUCAUUUGUGCACAUUCACUUUUUCCCUUGGGCCGGAGUGUUGUGACUCAGUUGCGUCUGGCUGUUUUCCUCUGCCUGAAUAAAGUGUGCCUGUUCACUCAUCUCUGCUCUCCUGCACCUGACUUCCUUCGACCAGUUGCGCACACUCUGACAGUAGUACUGUGUGCCUCCCAUAGUCUGUUCUGGACUUGAGGACUGUGAAGAGACCUCUUGUGGCAUGUCUUGUGGGGUAUGCAUGGGUGUCCGAGCUGUGUGCCAGUAGUUUAGGCAGACAGCUCGGUGCAUUCAACAUUUCAAUACCUUUCAUAAAUAAAAGUAGUGUUGAAGUCAGUCUCUCCUCCACUUUCAGCCAGGAGAGAUUGACAUGCAUAUUAUUCAUAUUAGCUCUCUGUGUACAUCCAAGGGCCAGCCAUGCUGCCUUAUUCUGAGCCAAUUGCCAUUUUCCUAAGUCCUUUUUUAUGGCACCUGACCACACGACUGAACAGUAGUCAAGGUAUGACAAAACUAGGACCUGUAGGACCUGCCGUGUUGAUAGUGUUGUUAAGAAGGCAGAGCAUCGCUUUAUUAUAGACAGACUUCUCCCCAUCUUAGCUACUGUUGUAUCAACAUGUUUUGACCAUGACAGUUUACAAUAUCGUGUUACUCCAAGCAGUUAGUUUAGUCAUCUCAACUUCCCCAAUCUCCACAUUAUUUAUUACAAGAUUUAGUUGAGGUUUAGGGUUUAGUGAGUGUUUUGUUCCAAAUACAAUGCUUUAAGUUUUAGAAAUAUUUAGGGAUAACUUAUUCCUUGCCACCCACACUGAAACUAAUUGCAGCUCUUUGUUGAGUGUUUCAGUAAUUUCAGUCGCUGUAGUAGCUGACGUGUAUAGUGUUGAGUCAUCUGCAUACAUAGAAACUCUGGCUUUACUCAAAGUCAGUGGCAUGUCGUUAGUAAAAAUUGAAAAAAGCAAGGGGCCUAAACAGCUACACUGGGGAAUUCCUGAUUCUAACUGGAUUAUAUUUGACAGGAUUCCAUUAAAGAACACCCUCUGUGUUCUGUUAGACAAGUAACUCUUUAUCCACAGUAUAGCAGGGGGUGUAAAGCCAUAACACAUACGUUUUUCCAGCAGCAGACUAUGAUCAAUAAUGUCAAAAGCUGCACUGAAGUCUAACAAGAGCCCCCACAAUCGUUUUAUCAUCAAUUUCUCUCAGCAAAUCAUCAGUCAUUUGUGUAAGUGCUGUGCUUGUUGACUGUCCUUUCCUAUGAGCAUGCUGAAACUCUGUUGUCAGUUUGUUUACUGUAAAAUAGCAUUGUAUCUGGUCAAACACAAUUAUUUCCAGAAGUUUACUAAGGGUUGGUAACAGGCUGAUUGGUCGGCUAUUUGAGCCAGUAAAGCUUCCCUCCAGGUCUGAGGGCACACGCUCUCUAGGAGGCUUAAAUUGAAGAUGUUGCAAACAGGAGUGGCAUAUUUCUGCUAUUAUCCUCAGUAAUUUUCCAUCUAGAUUGUCAGACCCUGGUGGCUUGUCAUUGUUGAUAGAGAACAAUAUUUUUUUUCACCUCUUCCACACUGACUUUACGGAAUUCAAAAGUACAAUUCUUGUCUUUCAUAAUUUGGUCCGAUAUACUUGGAUGUGUAGUGUCAGUGUUUGUUGCUGGCAUGUCAUCCCUAAGUUUGCUUAUCUUGCCAAUGAAAAAGUCAUUAAAGUAGUUUGCAAUAUCAGUGGCUUUGUGAUGAAUGAGCCAUCUGAUUCAAUAAAUGAAGGAGCCGAGUUGGCUUUUUUACCCUAAAUUUAAUUUAAGGUGCCCCAAAGCUUUUUACUAUCAUUCUUUAUAUAAUUUAUCUUUGUUUCAUAGUGUAGUUUAUUUUUUUAUUUUAUUUAGUUUAGUCACAUGAUUUCUUAAUUUGCAGUACGUUUGCCAAUCAGUUGGGAUGCCAGACUUAAUUGCCAUACCUUUCGCCUCAUCCCUCUCAACCAUCCUCAUCAAUCCAAGGGGAUUUUAACCGUUUUUACAGUCAUUUUCAUAAUGUGUGUGUGCUUAUUAGUAACUGGAAUAAGUCAUUUCAUAAAUAUGUCAAGUGCAGCGUCUGGUUGCUCCUCAUUACACACCACAGACCAGCAAAUAUUCUUUACAUCAUCAACAUAUGAAUCACUACAGAACUUAUUCUAUGACCUCUUAUACACUAUAUUAGGCCCAGUCUUUGGAACUUUGGUUUUCCUAGAUAUGGCUAGUAUAUUGUGAUCACUACAUCCUAUGGAUUUGGAUACUGCUUUAAAGCAAAUAUCUACACUGUCACGAAAGAUGUGAUCAAUGCAUGAUUUAAUUCCUGUGCUCUUUGUAACUACCCUGGUAGGUUGACUGACGACCCGAUCCAGGUUGCAGGCACUGGUUACCGUUUGAAGUUUUUUCCUGAGGUGGCAGCUUGAUUAUAGCUAGUCAAUAUUUCAAUCACCAAGAAAAUAAGCAUUUCACACAUAUUAUCCAGAUACUGACUGUUAGCACUUGGUGGGUCUAUAGCAGCUUCCCACAAGAAUAGGCUUUAAGUGAGGCAGAUGAGCCUGUAGCCAUAUUACUUCAACAGUAUUUAACAUUCGAUCGUCGCUAAGCUUUACAGGAAUCUGGUUCUGAAUAUAGACUGCAACACCGCCUCCGUUGGCAUUUCUGUCUUUUCGGGAGAUGUUAUAACCAUGUAUUUCUACCACUGUAUUAUCAAAGGUAUUAUCUUAGUGAGUUUCAGAGAUAGUCAGAAUCAGUGGCUUCUUCCAUGGUGUCCUCCCAUGAACACCAUUCUUGUUUAGUGUUUUACGCAUUGUAGACUCGUCAACAGAGAUGUUAGCAUCUUCCAGAGAUUUCUAUAAGUCUUUAGCUGACACUUUAGGAUUCUUCCUGUUUGGCCCUGUCCGGGGGUAUCAUCGGAUGGGGCCACAGUGUCUCCUGACCCCUCCUGUCUCAGCCUCCAGUAUUUAUGCUGCAGUAGUUUAUGUGUCGGGCGGCUAGGGUCAGUUUGUUAUAUCUGGAGUACUUCUCCUGUCUUAUCCGAUGUCCUGUGUGAAUUUAAGUAUGCUUUCUCUAAUUCUCUCUUUCUUUCUCUCUCUCGGGGACCUGAGCCCGCGGACCAUGCCUCAGGACUACCUGGCAUGAUGACUCCUUGCUGUCCCCAGUCCACCUGGCCGUGCGGCUGCUCCAGUUUCAACAUUUCUGCCUGCGGAUAUGGAACCCUGACCUGUUCACCGGACGUGCUACCUGUCCCAGACCUGCUGUAAUCAACUCCCUGGAGACAGCAGGAGCGGUAGAGACAAGGAGGGGCUGUGACUGAGAUGGGAGAGCUGCUGUAGCUGGGUCCAAUUCUAAGGAUGCUGGGGUGGAAGUGAGGUUCUAUAGCGGUUCCACGGCAGUUCCACAGUACCACCAGGCAGGAACCAACGCUGGGAUGCAGAACCUACGACAAGCAGCCACGGAGGCUUUCCAUCGCCUGGGUCUGAAGCAAAGACAGCUGGGAUAUGAGGAGUUGGAUGAGACAGACCCGUCCAACUCCAAGCCCCGGCCUCACUGGUUCCACACGCUGCAGGUCCGCAGGCUGGCGGUCCAGAGAGGACGCAGCAACAGUGACCCUAUGGGAGGGAAGAGUUUCGAUCAGGACUUCCAAUGGUCCUCACAGAAAACAGGCCUACAGUUUGGCACAGCCAACUCCUACCUGAACCUGGAGAAGAUAGGGGAGGGGACAUACGCUACAGUCUACAAGGGAAUCAGCCGGAUAAACGGGCACCUGGUGGCCUUGAAGGUGAUCCGUAUGAAGACGGAAGAAGGCGUACCAUUCACUGCCAUCCGAGAGGCCUCCCUCCUGAAAGGCCUGAAACACGCCAACAUUGUCCUGCUCCAUGACAUCAUCCACACCAAAGAGGCACUGACAUUUGUCUUUGAGUACGUACAAACAGACUUGGCUGAGUAUAUGACGCAGCACCCAGGAGGCCUGCAUUCCUGCAAUGUCAGGAUCUUCAUGUUCCAGCUGCUGCGGGGUCUGUCCUACAUCCACGGUCGGAGGAUCCUGCAUCGGGACCUCAAACCCCAGAACCUGCUCAUCAGCUACCUGGGGGAGCUCAAACUGGCCGACUUCGGGCUGGCCCGGUCCAAGUCCAUCCCGUGCCAGACCUAUUCGUCUGAGGUGGUGACUCUGUGGUACCGGCCUCCUGAUGUCCUCCUGGGUUCCACUGAUUACUCCACUGCUCUGGACAUCUGGGGAGCUGGAUGCAUCUUCAUUGAGAUGCUCCAGGGGACGCCAGCCUUUCCAGGGGUGGCAGACGUCUUUGAGCAGCUGCAGAACGUAUGGACUGUCGUAGGGGUCCCGACUGAGGAGACGUGGCCAGGAGUGAACGAGCUGCCCAACUUCAGACCAGAGUCGUUUCAACCAUGUCAGCCCCAGCAAUUCAGGAAUGUUUGGAAAAGACUGUCCAAGUUGCCCUAUAAGACAGAGGACCUGGCCCAGAAGAUUCUGAUCACCAUCCCACGAGACCGCAUCUCGGCCCAGGAUGCACUGCAGCACCCCUAUUUCAACACGCUACCGCCCCCCAUCAUGCAGCUACGAGACACUGUAUCAGUCUUCAAGGUCCCCGGAGUGAGGCUGGAGACAGAGGUGAAGGAUAUCUUCAGUCCCAGUCUAAGGAUCAGACCGUCCCAGCUGGUGCCCUUGGCUAAGUGCUGGUGAUAAUGGACCCCUAACCCACUGGGCUUGACCCCUAACCCCAGGCCCAUAGCCCUGCCUGCAGGCUAGACCACCAUCUGAUCAAGAUGGAGAGGCAUGAGGUCCUCCACCAAUCUCUGCUCUUGACUCCACCCAGCAUUCCUCAGUCACAGUUCCCAUGUUUUUUUAAUUUUUUUAAAUUUUUAUUUUACCUUCAUUUAACCAGGCAAGUCAGUUAAGAACAAAUUCUUAUUUUCAAUGACGGCCUAGGAACAGUGGGUUAACUGCCUGUUCAGGGGCAGAACGACAGAUUUGAACCUUGUCAGCUCGGGGGUUUGAACUUGCAACCUUCCGGUUACUAGUCUAGCGCUCUAACCUGCCGCCCCAUGUUGUAAGAAGACAGGAGAGAAGAGGGAGGUUUUGAAUGGUACCUGGUAUAUCACAUAUUAGAUGAUGUCAGAAGUACUGUAUGCACUGUAUAUACUCUCUAUCUGAGACCCGGUGUCUGUUGUUGGUGGCAACGGAAAGCUAGGCAAUGUCUAAGAGAACUGUCAGGAAGCUCAGAACAGCUUAACAUCUUCCUUCUGCUGAACCACCUCCUCCUGCGUCCUCCCUCUCCUUCUCCUUCUCCUUCUCCUUCUCCUUCUCCUUCUCAGAGCGUCUCCCUGGACUCACUAUGCUCUCUCUGCCUCCUCCUAAAUCUACACUGAGAUUCAAUGAUGACUAAGGGUUUGUUUUGCAGAUGACUGUUUUAUUUUGUACUGCCAAAACAUGCAUAUAUUAUAUACCUCUUAUAUUAAUCAGGUCCUUGUGAACCAUGAUUGUUCUUUUGCACAGCAUGUGGGUGGGUAUCCCUACGACAGAACGACUGUGACGGUUGUGUGUACACUGUAACUCAUGUCGUAUUGUACCGUGAAACUGCCUCCUCGACACCCCACAUAGCGUAUUUUUCGGCAAUCUUGUGAUGUCCACUCUUCAAUUGUCCUACACUUGGGUGCAGGUUUGCCUUUAAAAUGUGUGUGUGUGUGUGUGUGUGUGUGUGUGUUUCGUGAAAAUGAGUGAAGGAGUGUGUGAGUCAAUAAAUGUUGCAGUAAUGAUA